AUGCUUUUAUACCCAGCGGUCUUCUUCACGACUACCCUGGAGUGUUCCAACGCCGGAGAAGCGGUGAUCCCGAAGAAAAGUGUUUACCCUUGCCGAGCGAUUUCCGGAGAAAAACACUGGAGAGCCAGGGUGCCGCUGAAGAGAUUUAGCGGCUGGAGCAUUUUCAAAUUGAGGCAUCCCGAACAAGUGUCGUUAAUCCUGGUGGAUGCGAGCCAUGAACCUUGGCUAACCGGCAAUCCUCGCCUUCAAAAGCUUGACGCCGCCGACAAUCCAUAUCUACGUUACAAGGGCAGUUCCUGGUUUACGAAUCUGUACCAAGAUGACCACCGAACCUACUUGAAGGUGGCUAUAAUCGGAAAUGUCGACCUAGAACGAUGCAUCCGGGUCGAGGCCAAACUUUUUGCGGCUAUGAAACAACAUAUUACGAUCGAGGCAAUCGAGGCGUAUUUUGAAGAAAAUGGCGAACACCUGCAGUGGCGAGAAUCAGAAAUCGAAGGACAAGAGGCCGAAGACGUGUUCCGUUUUAUACACUCGGAACUGACGGGCGUCGGCAAGACCCUGGAUGCCAAUCGUUGCCGAAAGUACGAGUGCAAACGAAAAAGCCAAGAAAUUUCGCCGAUUCAACUUGACGAACUCGCCAGGAUUCUGGCCAAAGAAUUGAUGGUGCACGUUUGGAAGUACCGGGAGCUGCGAGAUCCGCAGCAAGCGGGCCCGGCACGCUCGCAGUACAUCCCCCGCAUGGCCGAGAUCGUCAACAGAAAUCGAUAUACUUCGAUUCUACCGUACUUCUACCAUGAAGACCAUUUUGCAUUUAAUUCUUCUUCUGACCUUUGCCUCGUUGGUAAAUUCGCAACUGCUCUCCGGUGGCCUCUCCGGUUUACGGAUCCCGCCCGGUUUGAGCGGUUUUCGGAGCCUGAACCGACCGGCGGAAAGGCUUGGCUCAAACAGACUAUCCAAGCAUUUCGUAUAGCCGCUGUAAUGACGGAAAUUGUGGAUGUUGGAUGUCAUGUGACGAAUGUCAGCGCGUUGGAGCCCUGCCCGUCCUAUCCAACGCUGAAAUGGAGCCCGGCACUCGAUGAAUAUUAUGAUGGACCGCUACUGGGUUAUCCGCUGACCUUCUUCACGACGUCGCUGGAAUUGGAUGAAGAGGGCGAGCCGGACCUGCCCGAGAUGAGCGCCUACCCGUGUGGAGGGAUUGACAAAAUGAGAUAUUGGCGUUGCUUGAUACCGCUGGAAAACUUUGAACGUGGAUAUGUGCUUUUUGAGGUGCUGCCGAAGAUAAAGGGCCAGGACUUCCUGCUCUUCGUCAAAGAAAAUCAAUCCCACCUCUUCGCCAAUCGCCCAGACCAUUUUCAACGCCUGGAGGAACGCCGUCGGAGCGUCGUGAAGACGCUCAAGUUUCUUUAUGCAAAUCGGUGUCGCAGUUUGGGAUGUAAACAUCCGGGACGUCGAUAUCCUGAAGAGCUCGCCGAAGCAGUCGCCCUCCACGUCUGGAAGCACUCCGAACUUCUCCACAAGGGCUCCAAAAAAGCCUACCCAGAACAAUUCCUCGUAUCGCUGAUCCAGAUCACGCAGGGCAAGAACACGCACGACACGGGACGUCCUCGCGGAGAAAAUCGUGAAGCGAUUCCAUGCUAUGAGAAUUUAGAUGUUGCCCUUCGUUUUAUGCAAAAGAUUCUACAAAAUGAUCAAAUAUAUCCACUACCA